AAAAUACUCAAAUGGCCCUUAGUAAGAAAAAGUUUCCCUACCAUUAAAUCAUUUACUUUAGGAAAGAAGUUUUUGUCAGGUGUUUGACAUUUUUAUUUAGUUUUUUUCCCCAUAACAUAUUAUGGAAUUUAUGUACUGUAGUCUUUGUUUCUUUUCUGCACAUGGCUUUGUAUUUGUUCACAGACCCCAACAGCAGUGCUUAUCAAAGCCAAAACAUGUAUAAUGAAGGUGAGGUUUUUAAGUGUUAAGAAUGGGUUAAUUAAAUAUUUUUGCUCUCAUGGAUUUAUACUGUCGACUGCUUCUAAUGUAAUCAUUACUGCUUUCUGAUAUCAAUUAUGAUUUGAUCAUAUCAAAAUAUCUUUCUUUUUAUAGUAAACUGCUUAUAUAAACUAAGAGCUUGUGAAUAAAAAUCUGUUGCAUGUCUUGGCUUUGGGGUUGACAGAUAUUGUUCUUGUCAUUUGAUUUCCACAUCUGUCUGGUUUUAAACUUGACUUGAUUAUAAGCUUGAUAUUAAACUUGGACACUCUCUAAAGGGAGGGCCCCUUGACUUUCUCUAAUUGGCACUCCAAUCAGCAGUGGGAGGCAGGUUUUAAAGGCGUUUCCCUUCUCGCAGUCGCAUGUAAAACAAUGAAAGUCUCUGAGAGUGGAUGAUUUUGAAUGCAGCCAGACUGGGUACAGUUGUAUUGCUUUUCUAGAUGAAUUUGCUCAAAGGUGAAGUAAGGGAAAUUUCCAUUCUCCAACCACUUUUUAUAAAGCCAUUUAAACAACAAACAUUUGAAGUCAGUGAGCGGCUUCUUUAGAUCUGCGUUUCAAAGUCUGAGGAGACGGGAGCGACGAGCCAGCGCCACGUAACGGAUUAUCGACAAUCAUUUGUGGCAUCGCACAGCUGUUUUUAUUUUAUACAAGUUACUCUGAUCGCGGCUAGACCGGUUUCCCCGCAAGAUCAACAAAGAAAGAUAAAUUUGCAUAUAAUUGUAUUUAAUUAGAAUAUUAGACGAACUUGUUGGACUAAAAAAAAAAAAAUUAUAAUAAUAAUUAAAAAGCAAUGGUGGGAAGGCUCAACUUGCAGAAUGUGUCUGACGACGAUCCGCUGGAAAUGAAUCUCAAAGCUGACCGACCGCUUGACAGUCCAGACUCCGGUCUGCCACCGAGUCCGAGCCCGAGCGUUUGGUUACUGCAGGGCACCGGGACUGGCACCCCGACUACUGAGGACGACAGCAGAGAGCCACCUGUGGUUUCUUUUAAAAGUGUUCCUCAAUUGCAUGCAUUGUCUUAUGGGGAAGGAAUUGAGCUUGAUCCUCUGCCAUUAAAAGAAAUAAGAUACACAUCAUCAGUGCGUUAUGAUUCAGAUCGGCACUUCAUCCAGGAUGUGACCUUGCAGCCCAAGGGUUUGGGACUGAAGAUGUGCAGCCAGACAGUCUUGGCCUUGCCUCAGAGCACCUGGAGACAUUACAAGACCCAGCUGGAGUUCCAGCCCCGUCAACGGGUGCAGCGCUACCAGAGCACCACCAUAGUGUACCCCAAAUACACCCGGACCUUCUACACUACCCAGCUCAAUUAUGAUGGCCACAAGCUGACCAAGCGCUUCUUCUCUACUGUAGAACUACAGGCAUCUGACUGUAGGAGUGGUCUUUGAAAGACAGACAGGCAUCUGUGCCUAACAUUUCGCCCAUACUAAUUAUAAACCACUGCCUGCAGUCAUUGUGAGUCCCAAGAGUAAAAAAGGGAAACUCAGACAUAAAUUGUUGCCAGUUGGAACAAGGUUCCCAAGACUGAUGGUUUUGUAGCAAGUUCAUUUUAAUUUAGAGAAGAGUAAGCAACUGUGUUGCUUUGUUUUUAAGGGCUGGUUAAGUUGAGCAUAUGGAGGUUUGGAUGGUUUCUUCGACCACUGUGGUGGUAUACAGUGGUUGAUUUUACAAUGAUGGGUUUCAUUGUAUGUAGAAGUGUGGUUGGUUGCUUAAUGGUGAGAUUCAAGUUUCAGAUUUUCUGCUCUGAUCUUGGACUAUGCAGGGGCAUAGAUUCCAGGGGGAAUAAUCAAAACAAGUACAACCCCCCCCCUAUUUAUACCAUGAUUGAUGGAAACAAGUAAAUGCUUAACACUGCAACCCCUCAAUGUUCAAGCCAAAUCUACGCCCUUGUUUGAAUGGUUAGAUUUAGUGUUCAGGUAGGACACAUUGUUGGCCAUAGAGCUAGACAGGAUUUACUCUUCAGGGCAAACUGUUUUGCCCCAUCAUGAAUUCAGUGGUAGUGUAAUAAAAAUGCAUUUUAGUGUUUGGGUUACUUUUGGGUUACUAAAGCAAAGCUUCCAGAAUUAUCUAUCACAAAAUUCUAUGUAACUGGUUCACAUCUCACCUGAGACCAAGAAGGGAAGGUUCACUUGUAUUAGGGUCUGUAAAGGGUUUUCUGAAGAAACUGGGUAUUUGGGUGUGUUUCCACAAGGAUAAUUAUAUGUUUAUCUGAGUAGAACAUCUUAAACUCCACCAUUGACAUCUGAAACAGACAGGUCUGUGUAUUUUUUUAUUUUUUAUUUUACUACUGUAAAACUCCAUGGGGAUAAAAGCCACACUUUUUUGCAUUUUCUUUAUUUUAUUUAAAAGUUUGCUAACUUCCACAGCUCUACUUGGGUUUUAGUAAGUUGUAAAGUUUUUCUUGGUAUAAUUACUCAUGAAGGAAAAAUGAGAAGUGGGGUCAGUGUUUGAAAAGACUUCUGCCUGUUACUGCAGACUGAAGUAUUUGUAGACAGAUAAGUGAAAUAUAUUGAGCAGAUCGGUCUAAAUAUCUGUUUAUAUUAGAGGCACUUUUAUGGUGUAUUUAUUUCAUUUUAUUCUCGUUUUAAUUGUCUUUUAUUCUUUAUCGCACAGUCAUUGAUUGAGGGAGAGGGAUGAACAUGUUGCUUGUUCCAGUAUCUGUGCUGUCAAUUUGUGCUAACUUUAAAGUUUAAAUUGUUAUGCUAAGACAGUAAUUUACUGUUAAAAUAAAAAAAAAUCAUUUUUGUAAAGUGACAUGGAUUUUUUUAAAUGUGCUUUGCCAUGUACGUUUACAAUGCUCUGUACAAAUACUCUUUGUUCUUGA